AUGGGGCUGCUGCUGUUGCUAGCUGCAUUCUUCGCAGUCGCAGCGGCAUCGCUCGCCGUCCUCCUCACCUAUCGGGCAUUGGUGAUCUCGCACAUCCCGAAGCAGUGGGGCAAUCCGAUCAUUACGCUCCUGUUCGGCAGCUUUGGCGACGGAACAAUCCCAGACAUCUUUACCCGCCACCGUUACCUCGUCGAGCUGCAGCGCAAGUUCGGCGCCAUCUGCUGCCUGCUGCAGCCCCUCUGCAAGCCCGUCAUCUUCAUACACCCGGAGAGGGGCGAGCCGCUGCCCUCGUGGUGGUCGACGGCCAAGACCUUUCGCGGGCCGUUUGGAGACCGCUCCUUCGGCGUGCCUCACUCCCUGCUCGGCCUUCCGGCGGGGCGAGAGUGGGCGUCCCACCGCAAGAUUGUGGCGCUCCUCUUCUCGCGCCGCUCGCUCGAAGGCUGCAUGGGCGCGAUCCACGCGUCGACCGAGGAGCUCGCGAAGCUCUGCGAGGCGGGAGGCGUGCUAGACCUCUACCCGCUCCUGCACGCGUGGUCGCUCGACGUCAUCGGCCGCUGCGCCUUUGGUCACGAGUUCGGCGCGCUCGCCGCGACCGCCGGCGGCGAGGCGUGCGCGUUCACUGCGGCCGCCGCGCUUCUCAACGACGGGAUGGUCAAGCACCAGGCGCCGCGGUACUGGCGGCGCGUCGAGGCGGCGCGGCGGCUCUACGCGGGCACCGCCGAGGCGAUCGUGGGUCGCAUCCGGUGCGGCGGAGAGGCUUCGGGGCCGGUCGUCUCGAGCUUCUGCGCGACCCUCUCCCGCGCCGCGUGGAGUGUGGAGGAGGUCGUGGACGAGGUGGUCGGGCUGCUGCUCGCAGGAGGGGGCCCGGCCAGCCCAGUCACCCAACCCACUCGCCACUAG